AUGGUGCAGCAGAGCUGUGGUGCUGCCCAGGCACGGACAGCCUGCAGCAAGGCCCCGCUCCCUCGCAGGGCCAGCAGGAGCCAAGCACUGGCAGAGGGCAGGGUGGUGUUCUCAGGCCCGGAUGCCAUUCGCGAUCACAGAACAAGACGGCCUGAGCACACUCACUACAUCGGAUCAACAUCUCCUGCAAUAGAAGGUAGCAGUGAUGCUGGCUACUUGUGGCGGCCAGCCUCCUGCUUCUCGUCCCCACUGCUCCGCCGAUGUCAGUAUGCCACAGAAAUCGGAUGGGGAGUGAGAGAGCUCAGCCAUUUCACCUGGAGAAAUCUCCAGAGCGGAGCGCAGAUCAAGAGAGGACAGAUCUGGCAGGCUGCUGAAGAUCAAGCAACACACCGAUACCAAAGUCCAUGGCAGCCAGCUCCCUGUGUUCUUGAACAUCAAGGCCAUGGUGCACGGGCCCGGCUGGCCUGGGAUCUGGGCAGGUACAAAGGCUGCCUUGAACCCUCACAGCGAGCGGCCAGUCAUGAUCCAGCUACUCCCAGCCACCAGCACCAAGGAAAAAGGUGA